AUGAAUAAUCAGAAAGAAUCAGAGAAUGAAGAUCAAGAUGAUUUAGAGGAUACUAAAGAAGAGGCAAGAGAACAACGUAAGCAUAAAUUACCUAAAGCUAUUAAGAAACGGAAAAUUGAGACAACUUCAAUAUAUAAUUUAG